AUGAACGGCUGUCCGCAGACGCCCCUCAGGCAUCCUCAAGAAACUCGCGAUAAUUCUAGUAAGUCUGCUCCGUCCUCUUUCGCAUCUUCUGUUUUCUUCCCCUUAAAAAUCGCCUUUCUCCGAUGCUCCGGGAUUGAUUAUUCCUAUUUGUAGGGAAGGGCUUUCCCAGCAGCAUCUAAGCUUAGCACUAAAAUAUGUGAUUAUCGUCACUCGUCGAGUAUGCCUCGACCGAUUGCAGUGCACUUGGUGCUGCACAUGGUCUAAAGGUGAAUAUUGCUGGACAGUUUUGAUAGAGCCCUCUGCCUUCUUUGAUAGGGCAUUUUUGGCGUAGAUGUAAGAGGUAGGUGCAUUUGAUUUAUUUACAGUUUGGAUCGCUGUUAUUUUAUCCGUCGGAUUCAAGACCGUUUAGUUACUUUAAAAUGUCAGAAUAGGAAUUCUUGUGAGAUAUUAAAACAGUCGACUGCCUACGUUUUUCAUGCGUUUCAUGUAGUUAAGGGUCCUGUUUUUUCUAUUGUACUCAUUCCGAAGUCUUUGGCGCCGGUUCUUGUGAUUACCAUUUUGUUAAAUUGUCAGUUGAUGCUGUUUAUGUUCUUUGAGCCUGGCCAACUUGGUUGUAUGGUUCCAGGUAUUAGGAAUUUCCCACCUAAACGCCGACUCUUCCGUAAUUACGGUGUACUCUUAAAUUCCUUUACUUGGACCUCUUAAAAGGAUGUAUCGGCAGUACUUGGUGUUCUUAAUACACUAAAUUUUUUGGUGCAGUAUGUCUCUCUAAUAACCGCACACAUGACAAGAAACUCUUAAUCAGCCUGCCUAAAUUCUUGCGCUUUCAUGCUUUUCACUUAUCAUGGCUUACCUUUCCAACCUUUUUUUAGCCCCUCAGCAGUACUCAUGUGAAAUCUGUGGCAAGACAUUUUCAGUCCAUUCGAAUCUACAGAGGCACAUUCGCUGCAUUCAUCGAAGUAAGCUCAUUCUAAAUCUGCCUCUCCCUUUUUUGGCCUUGCUCUGACAAGUCGCCUGUUUUAGGCAAUCGCCACUACCCGUGUCCCGAGUGUGGGAAAGUCCUGGCGUCGAAGUCGAACCUCCAGAAGCAUGACGACUUCUAUCAUAAGGGUAAGGCCUCGCGGUAUGUCAUCACAACCUCAAAAGAUCGAAUGUAAGACUCGUCGGGGUAAUUUUUCGCCUACCUUCUCUCUAGGAAAACGUGUCAAUCAGUGUCCGAUUUGUGCCAAGCAGUUUGUUCGUCCUCGAGAGCUUCGCAGGCACGUGUUAAAUCUUCACCUAGGUGAGUCGCUGUGGCUCGUCUGUAUAUUUUGAAUCCCCAUUUACGGUGUCUUUCUUGCCACCUUUUCUGGUUUUCCCCUUCACGCGACCUAUGCAUUUUCACCAAUUUCCUUCUGUACGGUUGUAAAGCAAUAUUACCUGCGGUUCGAGCGACUGAACCCCCAUUUAAACGUGUUUUUACCCACGCAUUUUUGCCAGUCGCCAUGCCUAUACCCGCACACUUUCUCCGUUUGUACUGGUAUAUCAGACGAAAAACAUCUGUGCCACAAGCCAAUCUUAGGGUUUUAGUUGGAAUCGUCGUUUUUGACGGAUUAGACUGUCGGCAGAGCUCCUUUAUCAGAAACUGUUUCGUACGAAAUGACGGGUUUUAAUUGACUUCAUCCCAGUCUGAUUGUACUUCCCGCCUCUCGCCACAUUUGGCGUCACUGUUAGUCGGUACUUUACCAACCUAAGAACUCACUUUGUCACAGCAUUCAUGGCCGCAAACGUAAACAAUAAUUCAGCCCACGUAUGCUCAUAGGCAUUCAUCAAAGCCUGCGGCCAAUCACAACAGACACGACCACAUCAUCACGCGCUUUCUCAUCAACACAUACACUACGCAUGCACCCUCCAGAACCUCACUUCACCGGCACCUCUCGUGCAAGUGGAAGGUGUACUUUUCGGCUCCUCUCCCCAUGUGGCUCCUCUGUUGCAUGUGCGAUCUGAAGUUCUACCCCUUUGUGUGUGAUCCCAGUGUGUGCAUUUAGGGGGCCGGGUCGUGCAUGUGGCACGCGCAGACAAGCCCUCUAGCUCCUCUGACAGCCACUGCACCCAUUUCCCGCACCAGAUAUCUUACCGACUCAGACAAUGGCUGGGGUCUGGGAAUAGAAAUAGAGAGUGUGGCCGACUCUUCAGCGCGUUUUCCUCAGUAUAUACAAUUUGACGCGCUUGAAGCUAUCAUGGUGCACUAAAGAUUGCCAACUGAACGGAUGACUCGGACCCCGCAAUCAACCAAUUGUGUAUUUGUGUGGGGUGGCCGACUGCAAUGGCUUCUUUAUGUGGCAUCUGUGACAUGCUCACCUAGUGAUGUCCCAGCAGUCCUCUCUUCUCUUGCGGCAAAAUUCUAGUCUGUGUAUUUUGUGGAUAAGGGAGUGUGACGGUACGCCGAGGUGCAGGUCUACGCUGUGCCGGCUACCUGCGCCCUCUCCCGCCUCCGGUCUUUUUGACUCUAUCUUGGCACGGGACCCAGGUAAGGGAGAAGGAGAGUGUGAUAGGUGCAGCACAAGUCUACUAUCACUUGAAACUAACUCACGCUCAGACCACCAUUCCUGCUUUCGCCCUGCUGUGGAGCACACGAUGGGCAUUGCCGGUAACGAUGGUCGAACUGUCGUGUGUGUCCAGUGAUUUCCCGAACAGCCAGCACAGACACACUAGGGUUUUAGGCUGUCUGAGUUUUCACCUGUUUAUUAUAGAUAUUACUACGCUACUAUGGGGCGUAGUUGGUAGAGAAUUAACAAGGAAGAGUUCUUUUAUAGUCGCACUUUAUGCGUCCCCGCAGUUACGCACCGGUAGCCGCUGCUCCAAAUGCUUCGAAACUACGCAUUAUUGGAAGAUAGUAUCGCCAUUAAGACCCUAUGCAGCUCCUUUCAAUGGUGUUUGGCUUUUUCGACUGAUGUCUUACUUCGACUGAAGUUCUUGGUUUUUCUUUUCAGAUACGAAGAAGUACCAUUGCGAACUAUGUAAGAAGCCGUUUUCCGACAAAUUUAGUGCUCGUCGGCAUCUUCGCGAUGUCCAUAAGCGUACGUUAAGAUCUUUUCCUCAUUCCACGCACAGUAAGGGCAUUCCUGCCAUUACCUGAUAUGAGUUACGAGCUGUUAGGCUUACUUCCAGCUCUUCUUCGUUUUUUGAGACGCGACCACUGUCAUCUCCCACCAUUGCACUCGCUGCUGGGAUUAUGAUACAGGGACUGUAUCUCAACCCGUGCAGAGCGACGAGAAAUAGGGGUCAUGUACCUGUAAAGUCGUCGAACAUCAGCAGCGGACGGCACUACGCGGAUUGAGAAGAACUCUAGUCGCGCUUCCCGCACAUUCUGUCAAAAAUUAUGAGGUUUUGGCAAGACCUCUUCGUGACGGGACCUUAAAGCAGCCGCCAGCCCAUAAGGCAACUCUCUGUUUACUUCAUUGCUCUAAGUCACACAGUCACCAGUUGGAGAUAAAUGUGUCCUCCGACAGGCUUAUAUCCAUGUCAUCACACUAUCUAUGUUCGGCGGAAACCAUAUCGUCUUUUCUUAUGACUAAGAGGCGAAAAACUUUCACGACUUAACCCUCCCACUGCUCCUAAUAGAGUUUAUUUAGCGACUUAAGUGUUAAGACGAUUUUGAAAUUCCUUGCUGACAGUAUCAUUUCGUGCCAAAAGAGCCCCGCUUCUAGUUCUUCUGUGCCGUACUCAGCAUUGUCCUUUGCUUGCUAUCCUGGCUUUAAGCUAAAAAGGAAAGCCUUUGCUUGUUCGAAACGCCCCAUCUGUUUGCAUACUCCGAUUUUCUUAGUUUCGCUACGCAACCUAUCUUGUCUGUUUGAAACUUAAGGUUCCCCGAAACCUUCAUACGACAGAACAGGUUCCAUUUUUCCUACAAGGACUGCUGACACCUUCACAAACCCGCGGCCUAUCCGAAACAAAAGUAUGUCCAUACCUACCUUCACUCCGUAUUAUCUCAAUCAGUACAUCUAGGGUCAAACUUUUAGUAGACCCAGGUCGGUGCCUGUUUUUGGUGUUUUCAGUCCUUCAGUGCAUGUCAUGCAAAGUGAGUUUAAAACGCAUGUAGAUCGGCGGUUAGAGUCACAGUGAAAACUCUAUUUUGAAAGAAGACUUGGUCAUCUGACCUUGUUCCUGCGGCAAGCCUGUGGGAUGGGGGAUCUCAUUCGCUUUGUCAUCUUUAUAACAGCGUCACUCGUAAGAUAGCCGUUGCCGUACAGAUUUAGGGUUUUUAGAAUGGACCUGCUUUUAACGUCGAGAAAUGGGUAGACUCAACAAUCACUGGUGAGGGAAUGUUAAAAUCUAGGGUUUUAUGCGCAUUCCUGAAUCCAUUUUGUGCGAACUUGACUCUCUUUGUUGAUUUCCUCCACCAUAAAAUAGUGCAAUUGUGGAGACGCGACUGCUGGUACAAGAGUUUUAUUCGCCUGACGUGUUGGAGUCAUACUCGAACCCACCAUCAGAGGCAGCGGCAAACAAGGCUAAUGGAUGCUCAGUACUAGGAUGCGUAGUACUUGUAGGAUGCAGUCACUAUGUAACCACGCAGUUACCAUGAUUAGCAGCUUAUGCAUUCAUCGCCGAUUUCAGUGCAUGGUGUGGGUACGGAUGGCCGAAGCUGCAGUAGCAAUGAGGUGCAAUAAAAACAGCUUUUAGAUUGUGGCCUAUUUGACGAGACCCGGUCUUCAGCCCAAAAUUUUCGAGGCGUCACAAACCUCUGAACUAUGAGCUGCUUUAGUCAUGGUUUUCUGUCGCUCACCCUCAGCACCUUGACCUGAGUCCAGAGUGCCUAAACAGCCUGAUAACCCAUAUGGGAAUCGCGCGGACUAACACGCUUCCGGUGGCAGUGUUAGUGAAUCAAAUUGCUGGUGACCGACACUGCACAUGAAAUUGCUACAAUUAACCACUCGGACGCGAGCGAUCAAGAAAUCACUCCAUUAAUUGCGACCAGGUGCGAUAAAUACAGUACGUGUGGUUUGCAUAGUAACUGUGCCCCACAAAUACCGCGCACCUCGUACGUUCAUUAAUCCUACCUAUUGCUGUUUGAUGGUGGGUUGGAAAGUGAGUCUGAAACGUCAGACAAACAAAAGCCCUGUUGCACCUCCGCGCUUUCUGCGUUUGCCAGACACUUGACGCCCCCGCGUGACGGAGACUUUCGGAUUAACGAACGUAUUCGUAAGCAUGCUGUCACCACAAGCCAAUUCGACUCGUCUGGGAGCUCGGUCUUUGUGUCCGUUAGAAUUUCUGGGCUAAUUCGUCGAUUACCGUCACUUUCACCGCGUUACUAUUUCCGGCCUCUAACUGCACCUCACCAUUUUUGCAGUUGGUAUGGCAAUUUAACACGGUCUUUAGAUUCACAAAUUACAAACUUCAAAAGUUAAACGCCGCUUCUGUCGCCGCUUUAUAAGUUCGCGAUUGUCAUUAAGCAAUUUUCGGUGACUGUGUGCUACUAAAAUCUCUUAGUUAUGGCACCUGCUAGCGCCUCAGGAAGUUUGUUUAGUUGUUUUUUUCUAUAUUUCGCAGCCAAACUUUAGCUGCCUAUACCUGAAGGGAGGAGCAUCCCCCUUCACAAGUACUAGCAUUUCACAAGUCGGAAAAAUGCACGCAAUCUGCCGCACACUGACGGUCACUAAACACUCUUAGGGACUACCACCGUCUGAGCCUAGGAAAAAACAGUUGCAGCGGUCGUUAUUGCAGCGACUCUGACACUGACAUAAACUAAGGUGUCUGUGAUGCUAGCAGUGGCCUCUUCUGCGGCUACAGAGGCUAAGGCAUGGCCAGGCCCGGUCACGGCCUUUCCAGUCCUAGGCUCCUGGAGACCAGCAGUAACCGAUGCUCUGAACGCAGUGACCGUAAGUAAGCUACAGUCGCAGCAAUCUGAAGGGCGGUUGUCACACGUAGACGGCACCAUCGCCAAAAACAAAAUCCGCGUCACAAAUGUAGUUUAGCCCAUAGUGACGACGGUUGCUUGGACGUCUCUAGAAGUGGCAGCAUCCAACAAUAGCCUAACUGACAGUCACGCCAUCUCUUGUCAUUAGAGUGAAUUGGGAGAUGAGAGGGAAAAGUGCCCUCCUGAAGUGGUGCGCUCUUAUUGGGAAGAAGGGUAAGCCUUUGAUUGGUAGGCUGGAAAAUCUGAGCAUGACAAGGAAAAUAAUUGCAAGCCCAAAAGUAGUCCAGCCAAAAGAACCGCACCCGGCUGUUUUUUCAUAUGAGAAGAUGCCCGGGAAUAGUACUGAAGGCAGAGGUGUAGUCGAGGACCGCAUAGUCGUACAGUACGUGACCUACCUCAUGAAACCUUAUGAAAUAAACCGAUGCGAGAAUUUCUGGACGUCUAAAAAAUUACACAUUCUACUCGCUAGUCCAGCUUCUUCAGGGAAAUGUCCCCGUCUUGUGCAGAAACGGUGUCCACGUAAUUUUAUCAAGCAAAGUGCUCACAAAUUUGAGCAAUAAGGGACGCCGCGAUAUAUUUGGACAAUUUCCUAUGCUAAUACCUGUCCUAGACUUCGGCUGCGCAUCUGAGCGUGUUUUCCUUUGAGGGGAGAGUAAUUUACUCGUGAAAGUUACUAAACAGAGCUUGCCGCACUUGAAAAUUGAUUUUUUGUCCGAUGCUAACCGUGAAAGAAUUAGACACUUUGUCAAUUUGUAAGUCAGAUUUGCAAAUCCAUGUGAUGUGGUGCCUUAAAGUGCAGUAAAAACGCACACAGACUGAAAUUGUUUUGCCGUUUGGGAAACUAUAUUUGUUGUCACAAAAAUGGCUACCGUCGAACAGUCAUUUUCGGUUUCGAACAAAUGGAACAUUACUUGUCCCGAGGUCUAACUGUUGCAAACGUUAUUUAAUAACGAAAAAAGCAAAACACUAACAGUUUUAGCAAAAUAUCAGUAUUUAUAUGGCCACUCUGCCGCGCAUUCACAAUCGUAGAAUAGAGCCUAGGCCUGAGCAAAGAUAGAGAAAAUGAACACAUUAUAAAGGAAGAGGCACGUUCUUGCGUUUAUGGGAAAGAAAUAACAGUACUUUUAGCAACGUGAAAGAAACGGCUAAAGGCGUCGUUUUUUCUUGGCUCCAUUGUGUAAAAGUGCAAAGUACAUAGACACCUGUCAACGGAAUUCAGUAUCAAAGCAUAUUCGUUGUUGACUUUUGAAGUGGACGUCUAUUUUAUUCGACGACGAAGUUUACUGUUUGGGUGGGUCUUCAACUGUGACCCAAACGAUCUCCUACAUGAAAAAGAGCGCCUAAAUACUCACUGCUUUUAUUUCCUGUUACUUCCGUUCCAUUUUCUUCAUAUACUUCCUCUGCAUGUAACCAAUAGAGAUUUCAAAGGUACACACCUACAUUCCCUGAAAUAUACUGAUACUGAUUACACCCCAUCAAUUCUAUCUUAAUUUAGUAGUCACUGACCGGCCUGGCAAUAUGUGAUCUUAUGAAAACUUUUGUUCCUACGAUGUCCCUAUCAGCGAAAUCAAGCAAAAUCCUGUUUGCCUUAUUGAACUGCAUCCAAAUCGAUUCAAAAGCGUAAGGAAUACCACGUAUCCUUGGGAAACCGUUUUGGAAUGUGUGCUCAGAAUGUAGGCUGCUGGCGAACGGCCAUACCUAAAAUUACAUUGAUUCUUAAAUGAUACCGAAGUGUGAAUUCAACCAAGAGAUGAAUUCCAUAGGUUAUCCUAAAUUUGUCGUCAUAUUUAUUCGUGUUUUGCAUUGGCAGGCCUUCUGUGUAUACAAGACCGAAGUUUGCCAAAAUUACAACCAUUUUUGACGUUUUCGGGAUUCCCCGGUUUUCUAAAAAAAAAAUUGGCCUUCCCAAAUGCCUUUAAAUUGCUUUUGAUAUUUCUAUUUUUUUUUAAAUCUCUUAAAGCUGUUGUUUGCUAACAUAGAUAUUGGGUUCGUGCAUUGGUAUCGGUUUGCAAAUGACUAGCAAUCAUAAAGUUCGACACCUUUCAUAAGUUAGGUCACGAAAUGUAUCAAUGGGCCGCCUCUAUAAGCUACACUGCAAGAAAUGACUCCCUGAGUAGGGUGAAUUUUAUCCUGUUGGUUUUAGACGUUUGACAUAUUUUAUUGAAAACAUCCAUAAGAACAUUCAUUAUUUUACCCAUUUGGUAGUAAAUUGCGUCUGCAAAUUUUAUGCUUGAAGGAAAAGCAUAAUCCGGUUUAAAUAGCUUUCACAUCUCUAAUGCUUUUGAAUGCGACCCGCCGUUAUACUUUCCUCCAGGUUUCCCAAACUUCAGGCUGCAUGUUCUCCGUGUAAGGAAAAUCAUGCAUUUACAUGCGCUAUUAAGAAGAUACCAUAUAGAUUUAAUAAAAUUUAACAUUGAAUUUAGACCACAUUCUAUACCUUACAAGCAGCAUUAAGAAGUUCAGAGACAAGAUGCUUUGUGAGUGGAAAUUUCACGGCCUUUAUAAGAUUUAAAUAUCAUGGGGUACUCUUUCUUCAAGUAUAAAAUUUUGAAAAGGCGUUAUUUGAUGCGGAACGCGUAAAAGACCGAAUGUUUUGUCCGUGUUUCCUUUCAAAUAUAUUUGAAUUUAUAAGGGCCUUUACAAUCAUACUACAAUCGUACUAAAGUAAUCACUUUUCACAGAGUGUAGUUUACACAGGCGGCGAAAAGAAGCUCGCUCAAAGCUCGACUUCCUAAUAUGACUAAACUAUCUGGGGACUCUGCUGUAGGGCAAUUAAUACUACAACCUUACCGAAGUAAUCUUUUUGGAUAACAAACAUGUUUCGGAAUUUCGGUUAACAUUCCAUGAAAUAGUACAUUUUCUUUAUGUACGCACGACAGCUCUUGUCUAGGCCACCGACCGCAGAUUGGACCACUAGAUUGACAUCUAAGGUACCACACUUGACCUCAUAUGCAAAUGUUAGGGGGUCCGAAGGAGUGGAGAAUGGCUUAGCGUAUAACUUUGGGACUAAAAAAUAAACAAUUUAACGGUAGACUUUAAGGCUAGGAUUAUUGGAUGUUUUAGGGAUAAUUCCACCAGUCCACCAAGCGACAGAAAUACUUGACUCAUUAAAAUAGAGGCCAAUAAAAGGAGUUUAAACAGGUGUUAGCCGAGUAGACAAAGGCUAGAGGAGAAAUGGUGAGAUACCAUCUGGCUCAGCGGUUGUUGAACUGCGGGUUUUUCGAACGUGCAUCUCAACUAUAACCACCGACACUAGAUGGAAGGCGCGUAGUGAUAAUGAAAAGCUAUUUGCAAAGGAAUUAGACUCGCUAGUAGCAGAGAUAAAAUUUUCGACCCACUGAGACAGAGUUUGCAUCAACAUGAGUCAAUGCCCCUUAUAGGAAAAUGGGUUGUUUAUUAUCUUUCUGAAUAUUGGCAGAGUAAUAGGAAAAAAGACUACGAAGAAAGAUAAAAAAGGAUAGUUGCAAAACAGGACCUUCAGUCUGGUAGCUCGUUGUUUUUAUUAAACCUCUAAUAUCCGUCGGCGCGUUGUCAUGCAGGCUGACUUCUUAGAGGUGUUUCGACGCCGUUGAAGCCGAGGGCCGGUGCGAGACAAAUUCUGCCGGGUCUAAGCAUGAUAGUUUCGUGAAGACACCGCAAAUCAAACAUUGCAUUUUAAAACGUAAGCUAUUUAGGGCAUGUGGGAAAUGUUGGUAGCAUUUGUCUUGUGGAAUGCUUCGUCUAGUAAUUGUUCGUCCUGGUUCGUCUAACAGGUCCUGUUUAUGCUUGGAACAAGUCUGCAGAGGACUCAAUAAGAUAGAGUGGUCUGAACUGUAAACUGCUGCUGCAUGUUUAUCGUGGUCAACCAGGACGUAUUCUAAGAAUCAUCAGCACGGAUAUCGAAGGAAUAAAGAUCUUCGAAGUCCAAAAUGGUCAGCGAAUGUAGGCUGUUCGACCAGGAUCAUUGCUUGUAGUAAUAGGAUGUUCACAGGAUGAUAAAACGAGCCUUUUUGACGGGAAAUCAAAGAAACAAACGAAAGCAUCUCCAAGCUGAAGGACAUAUGUAUUCACACAUAACGCAUUGCAUUUUUUUACCAUACGAGACCGGCAAAAACGCCAUAGUACCUACCAGGUCAUGAGGGUACUAGGAUGAGAACUUAUAGAAUUCACGCCUGUUUAGAUUGGCGAAAGUAGCGCUUCCUCCGCCUUUGCCACCGACUGAGAAUUUUCUAUCAUUUUGAAGGUAGCAGAGGAAUGCCGCGGUGAUUAAUUCCGAAUCGUUACUAGCAUUUAAUCGUGUCUUAAGACAAAGUACUUCAGUUUUUUCAAUUGUCUUCCGAUGAUAGGAGGUCCAUGUCUAAAAAGGCCUACAGCAAAUAGCAAGCUUUCGGUUGAUAUCUAAGUUCGACUCGGUACCUGCAAGCGGGCAUUUUUGAACGUAAAAAUGUGUUUUUCGAUAUGCUUUUUUAAGGGCGCAGAGAAAUUGCAAGUACGACAUAUCGGCCGCAGGCGGCUACUGUUGGAAUCACGGACAAUUCAGUAUACUGCUAUUGUGAACUUAACACGAGUCUUUAUUUUCCUCAAGAUUCCAGUGAUCUCUGUUCGCGGAUUCGUAAUAGUCCUUUUUUCCGAUAAUGCCCGGAUUCGUCUUCCGGCUUUGUUGGCUUUCCCACGAUGCCCAUAAUCGGGUGCUGGAAUAAAAAAUACGUCUUUCUGUGCUGAAUAAAAUAGACCGAAUAAGAUAGUAAGACGGCCAGAGAUGAAUUGAAGGGGAAAAAUAACAGCUUGCUAUGUGUACUUCGCGCUGAUUAAAUCAUCUCACUGGGCUAGAUUACACCGACCUGGUUGGUGUCUCCGAACGAAGGUGUUUUGUCCUUUGGUGUUGGAGCUAUGAACCAACAACCAACCGCUAUCCCCCUUAUGUGCCUCAGAGUUAGGUCGGUAGUCUGCAGAGACUACGAUAUCAGCUGGCGGAGCGAAGUUCUUGUCGAUCUACCUCAGAAUACAUCCUUACUCCCUUGUCCCCAUUGUACUCGUGUCGCAUUGAGAUAAUUGCAGGCACAAGAAAACACACACAGUGCACCUAAAGAUUGUAGCAGUCGUAGUAGACGGUCGUGGCUGCAGCCGCUCCAACUACCAUAGUAGCAGAACAUGGACGCAGAUAGGUGCGGUGCAAUGUUUGUAAUAGCUGCGAAGGCGACGUUGAUAAGGACGGCAGCUCUUGCUCGUAGGUCGCAGAGUCCGCUACGGCCAGCGAAUUCAACAACAGCGAUGAUUGCUGCAUUCUCGUCUUACGUUGAUGCCGUCGUCCACAGCAGUCGUCGUCCAUUCUGCCUUUAUUGUUACUGGUUUUUGCGUUUCUGCCGUGGCGGGCGUUGUGUCAACGGUGAUGGUGGCAUUCGGCGUUACAGUACACCCAGCCGCGAUGACAGCAGCGGCAUCGAUGACUACUGCAGCCUCGCUAAUGACUGCUGCUGCUGCUGCUGCUGCUGCUGCUGCUGCUGCUGCUGCUGCUGAACUGGAAACUAAGUUGCAUAAUGCAGCAUUAGCUAAGGCAGCUUUUUGUACUCCUUCAAUCUAGCAAUGGCGACCAUUCUAACAGCACGAAUGGCUCGAAUCUCGACGACCCAGUCGACUCUUAUGCAGAUCACAUGGGGCUUUAAAUAUGGGUAGAAAUGUAAGAAUGGGCCUGAAUUGAACCUUGGUUUGUAUCCGGAGCCCAGCGCCUGCAAAAAAUUUUGUUUUCUCUGUUUAACUUUCCAUGGCCUAAGACAAAAUACUUUUGAAAAAAUAGUCUCUUGGUCAAGUAGAAGUCCGCGGAAAGCUCAAAGAAACGCCAAGACGGCUCAGCAGAUCCGAAUAAGUGCGUUGACUCAGCUACUAUCCGAGUCCUUGCCCCAUGUAAGAGAAAAAAUGCAGUGACUGACGCACCUGCAGAAAAUGCGAAUUCUAGGUUGCGACCGGCACGAAUGAGUUAAUGGAAUGAAUCUACCUCGUCCCAUCUCGAAUCCGAGGUGGCACCUGUAGAGCAUUAUUCCCUGCCUUCGGGCAAACUUGCUUAGUAAGUGCAUGCUCCUUUCCCAACCUCCUAGCCAUAUGUUUCCGAUGUUCAUAUCUCAGUGUGCAUUCUCCAUCGGUCUACGUGGAUUCCCCUUAUUUAUUGAUGAGUUCCGGGCAGCACACUUGAAAUCCGGUCCAUCGAUGAGGCCUCAAACGCGACUUCCCCAUGCGACGAUUAGCUUUCAGUAGGUUUUUGACUUGUAGGGUACCCAGGGGAAAUAAUGCAGGUGGUAACAGCCGAGAACGUCCCACUUAACUAUGACGCACAACCCCUUCCUAUCGGGUGUCCUGCACUUUUCUUUACCGUAGGCUAGAAACUAGCUGAACUUUCUGUUUACGCCUGUCCUUUAAAGAUAAGCCGGUUUUGAAACGAGACGUUCCUUGUGUUUUAAAUAUUGACUCCACCUAAAACCUCCACCUUCCGGGUGCUACCAUCAUAGGCAGGAAACUUGGACGAAUUUUGCUACGACUUCGCCUUCCACUUGGUAGGAUGCUUGUGAUUAGUAGAGGGCGCCCAACAGUACCUGUGGAUAUGAAUUAUUAACUACACCUGUAGAGGCAUGCAAGAGAGUAGAUGCAUUUCAAAUAUCAAAAUUUACCAUCUACCCUGUUUUGGCCGUGAUUAUCAACGUAGCAUCCACAAAAAUCGGAUACUUUCCAUUUUCGGCAGUCAGUUAAUAGUUAGGCAGGGAUUUCAGCUUGGUGCGACCUUACGAAAUCGUCAUUUCGAAGUAUCCAGUGCCACGCCGGAAUCAAGUCAGUGACCCUUCAUUUUGCUCUUGGGCGUUUUUGCGAGUUGAUACGGCGGCCUUCGUUGGUUGUGUAUCUCUUUCGCGUGCAAAGGGUUUGUGCCACAUUUAAAAUGCAACUAGACCCUUCCUGUUUCUGAUUGUUUUGUUGGACGUGUGUUUGAUGCCUCCUCUUUGGCAAGUGUGAAAAACGACCCACCGCAAUUAGAGUCCCCAUGUGCAAAGCUGAGUUGAUCGUUACUAAUCUGGACACUCCAUCAGUAAUUUGGACUCCUCGCCAUGUCUCGUUGAUUUUUUUUCGUGUGACAUCCUAUGCAAACUUCGUUUUUGGCCGUUGUCUGUGUGGGCCCUAUGCAAAUGUUUGAACACGUAAGGUCACCAAUUUAGACCAUCCACAGAAGACAUUUGAUGGUUGUUUCCGUACGUUAAGAAUGCUUAACUUGGGUGCCUAUUGUAAUGGUGAAGCCACACUAAGCCAUCUGUGUUCUUGGAUGCAUAAGUGCCUAUGUUCUGUAUGUGACACUUUCCGAGUUACAGUUGAGAAUUGGAGCGCAUGUCGGUUAAGGCUUAGGGAACUGUGCGGAAGGUUGUUGAUGUGCAGUGCAUGUAUUUAGGUCCCACCGUCCAACAUAAAUAGUAGUUUUUCAAAGGCGCCUGGCGUUUCAUCUCUGCUGUCAUUGCUCCUAGCCUUUUUUCGAUUUACUUCCUAGAAAGCUGGAGGUUUUCCACCUUUAAACCAAAAUGUUCGUAUGUUCAAUUGACUGAGUCUGCCGACUCGCAACUUCUGAAUUCUUCCUUCCUGGGGAGAUCAAUUUUGCCUUAUCUCAUGGCAUUUCAUUUGUCUUUUCUCUCCCUUUCUUUUGCAAAUUGACAAAUUCCUUCGCUUUCGCCUUGUUCAGAUUCACAGGCAUUCAAUUUUGACAAUCUGCCUCCCCUCCCUGGAGCGAAUUUGGCCGUAUGUAUGACCACGGACGGCUCCCAGCAAGGUAAGUCCUGUUACAGCUGCAGAUGCUCGGAUUAUGGGCAGCCUGUUGACCCGUGUUCUGUUUCAUCCAACCUUUAUAUGUUCCUAUUAAUUCCUUGCAUUGUUACUCUGCGCGCAGCGACUGGCCUUUACGCAUUCAACGCCACUUUUGAAACUACCUCCUUUUUGCCGCCUGUUGUUUAGGUCUGCACAAGUUUCCCUGUUUCAAGUGCGGCAAAGGCUUCUCCUGCAAGUAUUACCUCCGAAAACAUGAGAACUUUUAUCACAAGGGUAAAUCUGUUAUCAUUCACAUGCAAAAUUAACUGUCUGGGGAUUACCGACUGGCCUUACGGAAGUAGGAAACUUCGCUUCGUCAUUUAGUUUUUAGUGGUGGAGGGGCUAUCGUCAUAUAUGCCUAUUUGACUAUUUAUGGGUAUUUCUUGUCCAGAAGACGUUGUUUAUGCUUCCUGAAGCAUUAUAAAUUCCACUUAAAUUCCUGUGUUCAGCUAAUGAACCUUUUGAUGUGAAAUGCACGCUGUUCAGGCUCUGUCGACUACUGACUCAUUCCCCAGUUUGGAAGACUGGCGCCUUUCAGACAGUGCUUCGACCGCUUCUUCCUUUUUUUCUUCCACCACCCAUUUUUCCUUUCAUUCUCCUCACUUUCCCUUUAUUCUCAAUCUUCCUUUCCUUUUUCACCUAUCAACAUGUCCUCAUCAUAGAACAGGGUAUUUGCCAAAACUUGUAGCGCGACUCCUUGCACGUCUUAUUCACUGGUCCUCAUUUGCCUACUUACUCCCUAACUUGUACAUUUCUUCAUAGGCAUUACAGACUACCAAUGCUCGAUCUGUGGCAAACCGUUCGUUCGCCUCUACGAGCUCCGCCGGCACGCGAAGUCAGUCCACGUGGGUAGGACUUGUCUGCUGUCCUCUAAAUUAUUUCACCGUGUCGCUUCAGUGCAUAAAUUUCAGACUGGCCCACUUUCCCCUUCGGUGAAUCUCCGCGCGCUUUGUAAGGAGUUGGAAAUCUGGAGCUGUUUUAGCUGUGUGCUUGCCGUCCCACUUGUCUAGCGACCGCUCUUCGAUGCUAGAAGACCACUGCGUUUCUGAGUCCUCUGGCAUCUGCCUGUACGGAUUCUCGGCAAUUAGUGUCUAUGCCGCGGCGUGUUUCUAUAUUUCGAUGGAACAAAAGUAGUAGGGAAAUUCCUUGGGAGCAUACGACCGAAAUAUGACGUACGGUCAGUGUAUGACUCUCUGGGUUCAUCCUGAACCUCUUCGCAGUCACUUGAAUUGAACACCGCUAACCUUAGUAGAAUAGUCGUAUAAUGUUUCCUCUUGACAUACCAGCGGUGGGUGCUCAGUAGUCUCAUUAGACCACGUGGAGGGUCUUAACCACCAUUCUGUCUUGGUUACUUGUCAGAACAUUGUCCGGCUAUCGAAGCCUGGUAGGUGAGGAAGGAAGGGUGCGGUAGAUGCAUCGCAAGUCUGCCGUUAUUGUGAACUAAUUCAGUGGUGCCAUGCCCCGCCCCUGGUGCACACGGCGGACGUCGUCGCUCGCGAUCGUCGAACUGUCAGUCACUGCAGAGGCCUUUAUGCUUACUGUUCUGAUUUUACUUGCUUACCUCUCGCUGAUUCUCAUGGCCCCCGCCAGCGUAGGGGAGUUUUUUGUUUUUACAAUUCCUUACUGGCUUUGACGCCUCUACCGAAGAAACUCGUUAACUUCCUUCAGAUGUACAGGCACCAGCGGAUGUAUGAUGUUGCAUCUGUAAAGAACUCUCAUUGAGAGAGCACAAUUCGUAAUGCUCUUGCAAUAGUUCUCCUCAGUCACAGCUUUGUUACUUUCAUGGCGAAUCUGGCAGCGGAAACAGUCUUAGGAUUUACUUCGGUCGCAGAAACCUGAUGCAGUUUGGCCCAGCCACUUUUGUCACAAUUCCUCUCCGGUCAUGGCGAUUAGAGGCAGUGUACCUGGGGAGCUGAGCCCACUCUCUUCCAACUGCGAAGAUCGGCAGCCAACAGUCUGAAAAAUGAUCCCUCAGAUUGGCGCGUUCAGCCCACUUCGGCCACAUUAGAUUUCCUAGAAUACCUUCGCAGAUUCCCAGCUAGUGGCAACCUGGUUUGCAAUUACGCCUCGAUGCUUCACUAGAACGAUGCUUUUCAAACAACAAGUAUCGAAUUGCUGAUGCUUUCGCCUGUCUUCGACUUAUAUAUCCGAACCUGCGCAACGAUAGAUGAGGGCUGGCAGGACAGAUGUUCAAUAUACACGGCAUCUUAUCGGUAAACCAGCGGAUUCGCCCAUCCCGUUCACCAUUCAUUUUGCAUUCUGUAGGUCCGAGUGGCCCGUUUCUACAAGGUUGGUGUCUUUACCGUAGUCCAAAGCAGCCAACCAUAAUUCGUGACAGCUGUGGUCGCAACAGUCCGAACAUGCUGGCGUUUUAUGUCCUUCAACCAAGGGGCCGAUAAGACGUUAAAAUUCGCAUUAAGUCCACAAGAGUACUUCAUGUAAAUACGGCUUCCUUCCUACACAUGUUUAUCCUUGCACUGGAAACGAGGCUGAUUGCGCUGCUCGUUUUAAUAUCAAGCAAUCGUUGCAUCUAAAUAUUUAGCGCCUCAAUCAACUUGAGGCAGCUGUAACAACAGACUCCUCAGAAAACGUGGACAUGGGAAUUGUGAAAGGUCUAUCCUGACGGAAUCCCUGCCCAAGGAAAUUUCACAUCUAAGACUAAUGGUUUCCCUCUCCCCCCCCCCUCCCUAGUCAUGCGGAGACGACACAGCCCAUUUCCUCCGUCCGUGGAUUUUCAAUAAACCACCCAGAUAAAACCAACAGUUGCUGUGUUUUCUAUACGAGUUGCCCUAAACUAUGUUUAUUUGUUUACAUGUGCUGGUGCACGCAAGUAUAUCAGACACAUGAGAAAGAGGUCGAUAGUUAAUCUUCUUUUAAACCUUUACGAUUGCCUCCUGAAAUUCUGACAUCAAACUGCCAUGCGUGAUAGUCAUUGAAUACGUGCUGGCUAUUAGGUAUUCUGAUACCUUUCUUGUCUCCAUUCACACUUAUGCCAUCGUAGCAUCACAAUUUUUGAGUCGGACAAAACCUGUAAUCGGUUAAGAAUCUUCGGUAGGGCUCGGGGAUAGGAAUCUCCCGCAUAAUGCGGGUGACCUUUCGCCAAAUUCUACGAAGGGUAAAUAUUCCCCUGUCGUAGCCCCAACCUUAACACUAAUUCUAGUCUCCCGGGCAGUUAGCGCGAGGCCUCCCGAAUAGGAGCCUUUCAAUGCCGUUUGGAUUAUACGGGCCUUAAAGGUCCUCAUUACAAAUGCAUCUCAUGUCGUUCAGAAUGUUUAGCCACCACCUGCCUCGCUGUGGUUUCGGUUUAUCCUUGUGGUCACGGUAUUUACUUGUUGAGUUCAUGGAGGUCUUUAUUUGGUUUUCGCAAGUUUGCUAUUUUGCCGAAAGCUGUUGCAACUAACUCCAUAAGUAGAAUUUUCUGCAUCACGGUUUUCUGCUUUCGUCUUUGACUCCAGUUACUUCCACCCAAACCUCGCUGGCUCACGAACAGGUGUACCUGCAAGUAAACGGCAAUCGAAAGGGUAAGCCUCUCAACUGGGACCUCUUUUCUCCACUCUGGGCCUCAUUAUCCUCCGUAGUUUUUUUGCCCAUGUUAGUUUUUUUCAUGAGCGAUUCAGUAAAGCGAAGUGCUUCAUCGUCAUUUUCACGUCUGACCUAAUGGCCCUCCGAUCUACCAAGCCUGUUCUGAGAACUGUUUGCUCUUUGCGUAGCCUAAGUUUAGUUCGAGUAAGUAAACAGACUAAUAUCAGUCACAUGAUAUCUGAAACUUCAAUAAAUCCGCACAGUGAUUGUGUACAGAGUGUUAAGAUUAUCAGGACUUAAUACAAUACGUUGAAGAAAUCUACCCUUACCUGCAGGAACGGAUUGAAAUACUCCUCUUUUUAACCCGCUUUAUUGUUGUUAGGGUCCGAAGCUAUAGAAGUAGACCAGGCGGCUCAUCAAACAAUCACACUGUUGGACGCUUUCGGCUUGCCUCUAUUUGUAACAGUGGGGAAAAACUGUCGAUUUCUAGGAACCACAACUGGGUGUUUCCCACUACCACGCUUUUGCAUCACCACCGCAAACAUCUGCUAGCCUAGUAUUCAAAUAAUGGCCGAGCAAAAAUGACUGCAUUAUAGUCAGUUAAAGGCUUUUUAACUGAGUUCACGAUAGCAGAUCUUCGCGGGACAGGGGAACCGCCAACGGUAUGGGUCAGAACUUGUUAUCGUUCGCACAUGCCGGAAGGUUCGCCCCUCAUCCGUUCCCGGAUUGUCGUAUGCAAGACCCCUUGAAGUCGCAAAGUUAUGCCAUGCCGGCACGGGUAGGUCUCUGAGCGCAAAACUCCGGCCUUGCUACGUAACCUGAGUAGGAGGAAAUGGCGAUAGCAAAUGGUCCUCAGCUAGGUGAACCCUUGGAUUCACCUAGCGACACCGCAAUUACCAGAUCAUUUAACCCUACAGCCCUCUGCCCAGCCAGAUCGGACUAGAUUCCACAAUGGGGAUCCCUUGUUCUCCUCUUCUAGGAAAUGACAGCAAAAUCAGUUAGAGAUGACCAAGCAAACUGUUAGCUGAAAUUACGAUAUUUAAGAGGCUGGUCUCAAACGUCAGUGACACUCAAAAGCUCUACGAAAUUAUUCACCACGUUAGUGAUAUGCCUCUGUGAAAAUAUGCUCGCGAUGUGAAUGCCGACGUUACCGUCGAAAACUCGACCGGGAUUGAACGCUGGCUGGGGCGCUCCAGGCACCUUCCGGAUGUCAAUCACCAAUCCAUAACCCCUCUCUUUUCUGAGCAGCGGAGAUUUAUCACUAACCAGCCCAUGAACAGUCCUGUGACCCGCUUCGUCGAUAGAAAUCGCCAAUGCCAUACUGCGAUCGCGAAAAGAUAUGGCACCUUGAGCGGACGGCAUCCCCACAGAAGUCAAUAAGUUUUGCGUCGACUCCGGCGCCCUGGUUCCACGAGGUAAUUGACAUACUACAAGAAGAUGAGAUUUCUCCCGGUGACCGGGACGAGGAAGCUGCUGUGGCAUAGGUCACGUCGAUGUUGCCGCAAAAGUCUUUGCCAUUGUCAUUCUCAGGCGGUUUCAGAUCAUGUUGCCCGAAGACGAAACCAAGCCAUGCUGGGUUCAAAGAUGGUCGUGAAUACACCCAUUGGAUGAUCGCAAUACGGCUUCUUGAAUUCCGCCAUAGCUACCAGCAGCUGACGACUGUCUACAUUGCUGACAUCGCUGCGACAUUCUGCUCCGUUCAUCGUGAAUUCCUCCGGUGGACAAUGGAUCUUCACAUGCGGACAAAAAAGUAUCUCCAUUUUAACGACCUGCUAUCCCAUUGUCAGUGCACGAAUUCUGGUCCAUAAAAUUCCUCAGCCGUUCGAUAUAUUGUCUGGCUGUCGACGGGGUAUUCCGUUGCUAUUCUAGUUCAGAUGCGCCGUUUACCAGACUCGGAAGGCACCGGGAGAUUUCGAUGAUGUCGAAAUCGCACCCGGAUGUCGGCUAAAUGACCCUGUCAACUAACAAUACCGCCUUGUCGGAAUCAAACUGCGAUGAAUUUAGUGCUACUAUCUGAUUUGGUCGUUAAGUCAGUCAGUUUAUUCAUACACGUUGGGAAGACCAAGGUACGUUCGGACCGCAUUUCUAACUGGGAGAGGGCUCCCUGGGAUUUGCGGCUGUGAACUUGAGGAUUUGGACAGCUCCGGAUACCUCGCAAUGAAGCUGCUGCCCGGUGGGUGGAAUAAGAACGAUAUCUGUCCCCGAAUUGAUGCUGUUCGCAGGUGUUUAAAUGGACUGUCGAUAUAUCCGACGCAACAUCACCAUGCCACAAAGAGCCACCUGUGUUGGACAUUCAUGCAAGCAGUCCUCUUAUACGGUUGUGAAAGUCGGGAUGUAUGCUUUGAAGAUUGACGAAAGCUGGAGGUGUUUGACCACCUCCGUUUGAGAAUCAUCUUUCGAGUGAAGUACGCCGACUUUGUCUCAUAUCAGGUAGUUCACGCUUGCCGUGAUAACAGCGUGAGCAUACCGCAGGCCAUCCAUACCAGACGACUGAGGUGGUUUGUCCACUUUCUCCGUUACCUGUCCGUGAGGUCAGUGUUGGUGCCCAUGAUGCGACCCCGAUGCCUAUCUGGAAGCGUCAAAUGUGAGGUCAAAUCAAGACCUGUCUCAACACAAUUCGUUACCACAUGAAGGUGCUUCUUGGCCCUUCAGUCUCUGGUCUCCGUUGCAAUGGAAGAGGGCGAGUGAAGCUGCACAGAUCUGCUACUGCAGGUUGUCGUGCGUGGCAGGGCACAAUUCGCGACAUCUUCGGUGACGGUUAGACCGGGGCUUGGCCCCGCACUUAUAGCAUAAGUACAGGCACGCAGUAUGAGCUUGAUAAUUUUUUAACGUUUUCCGAUCCUCCAUAACCUGCUAAUUUUCUUUCUUCGAAGUCUGACAGAGCUUUCGUCAUUCUCUUUGGUGAUCCGGUGACAUUUCAUUUUUCCUGCAGAAUUGGGAGAGCAUUAUUGCGCCAUUUGUAAAAAGGUGUUUUCAGCCGAAUCUACCGUCCGAAGGCACAUUCGACACGUCCACCUGCGUAAGCCCCCUCUUUCUCUUCGUCAUGACCCUCUGGGAAAUUUUUCCCUACGCUUUGGUCCCACUGAUUCUUUUCUCAGCUCGUUUGCCUUUGCCGGUUACUCACCAUAAAGAUCCAUUUCGCAUGGGUGUUUUUCAUGUUGCUCCCCCAGCGCACCGAUCUUGUCUGUCCGCGUGGUUGACGAUGUUGGGCCCCGCCCAUUUUCUUGGGUUGUUCCCCGAUUCUCACGACAAAUGUGGGCCUAAUGUACACAUCUCUCAGUGACUUGUUCUGUUAUAGUAUUUCAUUUACAUUUUCUGCGCUGCUCGCUCCACGCAUGCACUGCGACGCCUUGUCUCAGUUAUAGUAUUACAGUGAUAGUGUUUUUGUAAUCUGAUUUAGUAGUAUGUGACGGCCUUCGUGCUGUCGAUGCUACUUUGCAUAAGGCUCUCCAUCACGACUCUAACAUUCUGCAUGAAGUUUUUAUGCGGGGAGUGAUAUCUUCUUUCCCUGUUCGGUUGUAAUUCGAGGUUAUCAUCGUUUUCUCAUCACUAGUGUAUUUGUUCCAGUUUUUAAGUGUAAUUCAAUACCAACUUUGUACAAACUCAGAUCAAACUCAUGAGUAUUCUGUUGUUUUACGAACGUUGAGGUUGACUUUACUCAAGGCUACUAAUUGUAAUUUCUAAAGAUAACCAACCGUGUUGCGCCUGCUCGAUAGAAUUUUAACGAGGACCCCAUUCGCGUAACUUUAAGGACACAUUUAGGUGCCAUUUUUUCUAAUCUACAGCAGGCAUCCCACAGCGCCCUAUAACAUACUCGUUUGUUGACAGAAAAGCCCGCGCGCCUCAACUGUACCCAUAGGUUCAUCUCUUAGCAGUAUUGGGCAUUCUAACUUUUGUUACAUUUGGAAUUUUUCUAUUUUAGGCAUUAAAGGUCACCAGUGCCUGGUGUGUGAAAAGAAAUUUUUCCAUCUUCGAGAACUGCGCACUCAUGUACGAAAAGAACACGAAGGUAGGCUCACGCUAGUUUUCUUCUCUCAGUGGACUUGAUAUUACGUGGACAAGUCGUAUGCACCGUUUUCAUCCUGCCCAACUUUUGUUGCAUCAGGCAGCUCCUGAGCUGUUACAGCCACGCUUAUGACUCAUCCAGAUGAAGGGCUGGCUUGUACUUCCAAACCUGAGAAAUGCUUAUUCCUCUAUGCAUUAGCAGUACCUCGAAUCUAACAACCUAUCUUAGGAAGUGUGCUGAUUUCCGAAGUUCCAUUCUACGGCAUGUUUUUUGUUCCUAAACUAUUUAACAGUUUGUCUUCCAUACUCAAGAGGUUUGCAGUUCUCAUUUCUGUGGAGCUGCCGAUCAGACAAACACAGGUUCCCUUUGCUAUUCAAGUGGUGGAACUAAUCAAUUUCACUGGUGUUGUUGCCAGUCGUGGCUGCGAUAGCUCUGCGCUGGUCUGCCCGAAUCGAAUUUAGGAGGCCCGUUGUUGUCGCCUGGCUUGUGACAGACGCCUUCUGCGCGCGUUUUCCAGCUUCUAUGCCCUGUCCUGUCAACUGUUCUAAGUGCUAAGAUAGUAGUUUGUCACAGGUAUCUAACUUGAGCUGUUCUACUUUUCAGUGACGCACAUCGAAGGUCCCGCUGGUGGUUUGUCAACUGGAGUUGACCAUCGAAAUCCCACUUUAUUUGCCCCAGACCUGUCCCUUGGUGCUCUUGUUGCGCCGUGUUUGGACAUAAAACCAAAAACAUAG